UGUGGGCGGCCGGCCGGGAAACUGCGCCUGCGCCGAGGGGCCUUCUGGCGGUCUAGGUGCCGCCCGGGGCCUGGAGGUUCGCGGUGGUCGCCAGCUGCGAUGACCCAGGCAGAGAAGGGGGAUGCGGAGAACGGGAAGGAGAAGGGCGGGGAGAAAGAAAAGGAGCAGCGCGGCGUGAAGCGGCCCAUCGUGCCGGCGCUGGUGCCGGAGUCGCUGCAGGAGCAAAUCCAGAGCAACUUCAUUGUUGUCAUACAUCCAGGUUCAACAACUUUAAGGAUUGGUCGAGCCACAGACACACUUCCUGCCAGCAUUCCUCACGUCAUUGCACGAAGACACAAACAACAAGGGCAGCCCCUAUACAAGGACAACUGGCUCCUAAGGGAGGGACUAAAUAAACCUGAAAGUAAUGAACAAAGACAAAAUGGUCUUAAAAUGGUGGAUCAAGCCAUAUGGUCUAAAAAGAUGUCAAAUGGUACCAGACGGAUUCCUGUGUCCCCUGAACAGGCACGCUCCUACAACAAGCAGAUGCGACCUGCCAUUUUAGAUCACUGUUCUGGAAAUAAGUGGACAAACACAACUCAUCACCCUGAGUUUUUGGUAGGAGAAGAGGCUUUGUAUGUUAAUCCACUGGACUGUUACAAUAUUCACUGGCCUAUUAGAAGAGGUCAGUUAAAUAUUCACCCAGGACCUGGGGGCUCCCUUACAGCUGUUCUGGCAGAUAUUGAAGUAAUAUGGUCUCAUGCAAUACAAAAAUACUUGGAAAUUCCACUGAAAGAUUUAAAGUAUUACAGAUGUAUCUUGUUAAUUCCUGAUAUCUAUAAUAAACAGCAUGUGAAAGAAUUAGUGAAUAUGAUCCUAAUGAAGAUGGGUUUUUCAGGGAUUGUGGUCCAUCAGGAGUCUGUGUGCGCCACCUUUGGCAGUGGUUUAAGCAGCACCUGCAUUGUAGAUGUUGGGGACCAGAAGACCAGUGUGUGCUGUGUGGAGGAUGGGGUCUCUCAUCGGAACACUCGGCUCUGUCUGGCAUACGGGGGAUCUGAUGUAUCAAGAUGUUUUUACUGGCUGAUGCAGCGAGCUGGAUUCCCUUACAGAGAAUGCCAGUUAACAAAUAAAAUGGAUUGCCUUCUUCUGCAGCACCUUAAAGAAACUUUUUGUCAUUUAGAUCAGGACAUCUCUGGGCUUCAGGACCAUGAGUUUCAGAUUCGACAUCCGGAUUCCCCUGCCCUACUUUAUCAGUUUCGAUUAGGAGAUGAAAAACUCCAGGCUCCAAUGGCUUUGUUUUACCCAGCAACUUUUGGGAUCGUUGGACAAAAAAUGACAACUCUGCAGCACAGAUCCCAGGGUGACCCUGAGGACCCUCAUGAUGAACAUUACCUGCUGGCCACACAGAGCAAACAAGAACAGUCUGCCAAAGCUACUGCUGACCGAAAGUCUGCAUCCAAACCCAUUGGAUUUGAAGGGGAUCUCCGUGGCCAGUCCUCUGAUCUUCCCGAAAGACUGCAUUCCCAGGAGGUGGAUUUGGGACCCUCCCAGGGAGACUGUCUGAUGCCUGGCAACGACUCUGAGGAGGCCCUGACGGCACUGAUGUCCAGGAAGACCGCCAUCUCACUGUUUGAAGGGAAAGCCCUGGGCCUGGACAAAGCCAUCCUUCACAGCAUAGACUGCUGUUCAUCUGACGAUACCAAAAAGAAGAUGUACAGCUCCAUCCUGGUGGUGGGAGGUGGUUUGAUGUUUCAUAAAGCUCAAGAAUUUCUGCAGCACAGAAUCCUCAACAAAAUGCCACCUUCAUUCAGGCGAAUUAUUGAAAAUGUGGAAGUGAUCACAAGGCCCAAGGACAUGGAUCCUCGGCUGAUUGCAUGGAAAGGGGGGGCAGUGCUGGCUUGUCUAGAUACAACCCAGGAACUGUGGAUCUAUCAGCGAGAAUGGCAGCGCUUUGGUGUCCGCAUGCUGCGAGAGCGAGCUGCCUUUGUGUGGUGAAAUGGGCAAAGUCACUGUUAAAGACCCAGCACCAGCCUCGUGUAUAAAAGACUCUUACAGAAUAUACGUGUUUUAAUUUAUUGACCUAGAGGCUUAAGUUUCGUGGAAAAUAAAUGAAUUUUAACUUUUAUGUUGAGAACAUAACAUUGGUGUGAAAUUAUAAGCUGCUUUUGUAGUCAAGACAUUUGAGCAUAAAAGAUCCUUUCUCAGCGUCUCAGGAACUCCCCAAGGAUGUAAAAGGUGCUGUAGAGCAGUUCUCAAGUGGUGAUGCCCUUCAUUUAAAUUGAUUUCUGAGUGUCAUCAGGUUAUAAGGAUUGGAUGUGUGACUUAUGGACCUGAACUAUGAGAACUGUAUGAUCAUGAAGUUUUCCUUAUUGUCUAGAACAGUGAGCACACAUGAUGUGACUCGCGUGCUCUUGAAAUUCCAAAUAAAAAAAAAGUUUUGUUUUUUUCA